AUGCGGUUGAAACCGUGCGAUAGUUCGGAGGAGAAAAAUAAGGACUUGCGUUUGUUAAUAAAAACUGUGACGAGAGCCUUUGAAAUAUAUAAUGUGACGUACUGGGUGGAUUACGGAACGGCUUUGGGAGCUUACAGGUAUUGUGACGUCAUACCUUGGGACCAUGACGCAGAUAUAAGUUACCUAAACACCGAUUACACGAAAGUAGUCAAAGCUGCAGAGGAGGUUAACAAACAAAACGGAUUCAGUAUGGAUCCCGAGAAAGCAUUUUUCCGUAACCAAUCACUUGAUCUGUUUCCUUGGGAAAAGGUGAAAAACUGGCUGUCAUUCAGUUCUGUGUAUAAAUUUGUGACUGGAAAGACUGAGACAGACGAAAACUACAGGAUGUAUCAAGUAAAUAAAGCUGAAAAUUAUGCCCUGAAGACUUACAUUUUAAAUGUUUUCCUUGAAAACUUUCCUGCUGUUUACUUAAGUAAUAGAUCACGGGUACAAUUUGCUGACUUUAAGGUAUACACAGUACGUAAUCUUUCUGAGUUUGUACGAUGGAAAUACUACUUUACGCAUAACAAAGUAGUGCCUUUCUACCUGGACUGUCUAAAUAAGUUUUACAAUGCCACAGGCGGGAUGACCAAAUGCGUAAGCCAUUAGACUUUAUGUAAUGUAAAGAAUAUUUAACAGAUUAUGAUAUGAAUGUGAACAUUAGGACCAUGUGUAUUAAAGCUCUAUACACAUAAGUAUUUGAACAUUUGAAGCCUUCGGCCGCUAACCAAGUAUUUCUGCUGUUAAAACAAUGCAAGGACAGGGAAAAUAAACAUAAACCGUUAUGUAUUGUCUAAAUACGGUUUGGUGCAUAUCAAGUAUCUGAGGAAGUUAUCCCUUCACCUAGGUAAAACAGAAUACAUUCUCUUUGGCCCAAAGCGCAAGCUAAGUAAGCUUGGAUCAGUGUCUGUAAAUUGCAAUGGUCAUAGUAUAAAUAGUUCUAGUCAGGUAAAAUACCUUGGUUUAUCAAUAGACAAUUUUUAUCAGGUGACUCAGUUGUAAACAAUAUUAUAACUAAAGUCAAUGGAAAACUUAAAUUCUUACAUAGACAAAAUAGAUGUCUGGAUUUUAACACAAGGAAACUUUUAUGUUCUGCACUUUUACAAUGUCAUUUUGAUUAUUCUUGUUCUGGUAUGAAGGUCUGAAUAAACGUUUAAAACACAAAUUACAGGUAAUGCAAAACAAAAUUAUUAGAUUCAUAAAGGGUUACUCUCCUAGGGAUUCUGUUACUUGGCAAGAUUAUGUGCAUCUAAAUAUGUUAAAUGUAGAAAAUAGAGUGAAGCAACUACGACUCAAUCAUAUGCAUAGAGUGUUUUAUGGCACUUGUCCAUCAUACGUGAGUGAUAAUUUUGUUAAAAGUUCCAGAUCCACUCAGAAGACGCUCAACACGACAAAAACGAAAAUGUUGCAGGCUCGGUUUGAUUGAAAAACUUUCAAAUGGUUAGUUAAGAAAUUUCUUUUGGAUAAGCAAACUUCAGAAAGUAAAAGUGAUUUUGUAUAUUACUGAUUCUAUAUGUGAUAAGUGUAUCUGUGAUAAAUAAGUUAAACACAAAUGUGAUAAGUUGAUAACAAAAGAAUGUAUUAAUUGUGAUAAAUUUUAUGUAAUAUGUAAUGCAUACUUUUAGUAAUCCCGUGUUGUACCAAAAUCUGGGUAUUUCUUAUAUUAUUUUUCUUUUCUUACACUGUAUCUUUUAUUAGAUUAGCAUGGACCCCAUUGGAAAUAAGCUUUUAGCUUAAUGGGUUAUCCAUAGGUCUUCAGCUUUCUCUAAAGUAUAACACCUGGCUUAGAAUUUUCUGUUUUGUUAAAAGUAUGCAUCUUACCCUAGUCUUAAAUAUAGAUUUGUUUUUAUAACUAUGUAAAGAAAUUGUUUUUUAUAUGCUGUGAUAUUUAUAUUUAUUGCCAUGUGUUGUGUUUUAUGCUAUUGAUCUUAAAUAAAUAAAUAAAUAAACGCGUCGACGUAACGAAAAACUAGUUUUCAAUUAACGUUUUUAUUUGCAAUACUUCGGUAUUAUGUAUAAUCUUUUCGAUACUAAUAUUAUAAUUGAUGGCCUAAAAUAUAACUUUUUAUCAUUCUUGAUGUUUAUGAUAAAUAGAAGUAAAUGUUCCAUACUCCCACUGUCUGUGACAAGAGCAUCGAUGAUGUAUUUAUUGUUUAGGACAUGUGUAGUUUAUUCAUGCACCAUUUUUCUUGUGAGGA